AGUGGUCAGUAUAAUUUCGGCAACCAUUUUAAAUUUCUUUGACUUUGAAACAAACUUGACUUCGGAAAAACAAAAUGGGAGAAUCGUGGAGCAGUUCAAAAUGGACACAGACCUCAAACGCACUUUUGGUGGAACAAAAGAAAGAGUUGAGAGACAUUGCCAGCAAUAUUGUAGCUGGUGGGAGAGGCAUCUUGGCUCUCGAUGAGUUCACGGGCAUUUUCGGGAAGCGCAUGGCAACUAUUGGCAAGGAGAACACAGAAAAUAUUAGGAGAGUCUAUCGGCAGACUUUGUUUGAAGAAGCAGAAAGAGUGAAAGCAUACAUUGGCGGUGUCAUUUUGUUUGAUGAAACACUGUACCAAACUGACUCGGAAACAGGCGGGCGAAUUGUGAAGCUGCUUCAGGACAACCAUAUCACCCUAGGCAUCAAAGUGGACCAGGGAACCGUGAGCCAAGGCGGAUGUCCAGGAGAAGUGGUGACCGGAGGGCUUGAAGGUCUAGACGAGAGAUGUGAAAGGUACAAGAAGGCUAGGUGUGAUUUUGCAAAGUGGAGAGGAGUGCUGAAAAUAACGGCCGAUGGAACCCCAGGUGAUGUUAAUAUCAGGGCUGUGACCUCUGAUCUGGCCAAAGAUGCACGAGUUUGCCAGCAUAAUGGUUUGGUGCCGAUAGUUGAGCCGGAAAUCCUGCAUGACAGAGAUUAUUUUAUCGAGGUGUGUCAGAGAGUGGCGGGGAGGGUGCUGAGUGCUCAGUACAGGGAGCUAAUAGAGCACGAUGUCUACAUAGAAGGCACACUGCUCAAACCGAACAUGGUCACCCCCGGACAGAGUUGUGCCACGAGGGCCAGUCACCAGGAGAUAGCCCUGAGGACUGUCACUGCCUUCAUAAGAGUGGUGCCGCAUGUAAUGCCUGGUGUCGUGUUUCUCUCUGGUGGGAUGUCGGAGCAGGACGCCUCUCUGAAUCUGAAUGCGAUGAAUGGUUUGCAGAACGUGAAGAAGCCCUGGAAGUUGAGCUUCAGCUUCGGCAGGGCUCUCCAGGCCAGUUCCAUCAAAGCAUGGGGUGGCAAAGAGGAAAAUAGGGCUGCAUAUGGAGAUGCAUUCUUCCAAAGGGCCAAGGCGAACGGGGAAGCGUGUCAUGGCAUGUACAAGGGCAGUGGGAGGCCAGCACUGACUCGCUCUUUGGGCCCAAUCAUGUCUAUUGAAAACAAUCAACAACUGUGUCUUCUCAUUUUCUCAAAGAUAUGCGUGGUGUUUGACAUCAUCCCAGCAGCAUUAUCAGAUUCGUUACAAAACGUCACAUCACAACUCAAAACUCAUCAUAACAAUUUUGGACCAAGUCAUGGCUGUGGGUGCUACUUUUUGCAUUUUCCCAUUUUUAAUGAUUAUGACCGUUACUCAAGGCGUUAA